UGCCCUGCGCGUGCGCACAGCGGACGCCGUUCCGCACGCGGCUGGCGUGCGGCGGCGCAGGCGCGGUGGGGCGGCAGCGGGGGUUCGGCGCCGGCCGGUUCGCUGGGCCCGCCCCGCUACCCCCGGCCCCCGCCCGCCGCGCGCCCGCCAUGAGCCCGCGCCCGCCGGCCUGAGGCGCCGCCGGUGCCGGAGCGCUCCGCCAAGAUGGCGUGUGUGCUGGAGGCGCCGCUCCGCAUGAGCGUCCUCUCGGAGGUCACAGCCAGUAGCCGCCACUAUGUCGAUAGAUUGUUUGAUCUCGAUCCCCAAAAAGUCCUGCAAGGUGUCAUAGAUAUGAAAAAUGCUGUAAUUGGAAACAACAAACAAAAAGCCAACUUGAUUGUUUUGGGAGCAGUUCCAAGGUUGCUGUAUUUACUCCAGCAAGAGACCUCAAGCACGGAGCUGAGAACAGAAUGUGCAGUGGUCCUGGGCAGCCUUGCCAUGGGGACAGAGAACAAUGUCAAAUCCCUCCUAGACUGCCAUAUUAUCCCAGCCUUAUUGCAAGGAUUGCUAUCACCAGAUUUGAAGUUUAUUGAAGCUUGCCUGCGAUGUCUCCGUACCAUUUUCAUCAGCCCUGUAACUCCAGAGGAUCUGCUGUACACAGAUUCUUCAGUUAUCUCCCACCUCAUGGGACUGCUCAGUAGGUCUCGAUACACACAAGAAUACAUAUGUCAGAUCUUCUCCCACUGCUGCAAAGGUCCAGAUCACCAGACAAUCUUAUUUAACUAUGGAGCUGUUCAGAACAUCGCACAUCUGUUGGUCUCCACCUCCAACAAAGUCCGAAUGCAGGCAUUGAAAUGCUUCUCAGUUCUAGCCUUUGAAAACCCCCAGGUAUCCAUGACUCUGGUCAAUGUGUCUGUUGAUGGAGAAUUGUUACCACAGAUUUUUGUGAAGAUGUUACAAAGGGACAAGCCCAUUGAAAUGCAGCUCACGUCAGCCAAAUGCCUUACUUCCAUGUGCAGAGCCGGAGCAAUACGGACGGACGAUCCCUGCAUCGUUCUGAAGACUCUGCCAUGCUUGGUUCGGAUGUGCAGUAAGGACAGGCUGCUGGAGGAGAGGGUGGAGGGGGCAGAGACUCUGGCCUACCUGAUCGAGACGGACGUGGAGCUGCAGAGGAUGGCCAGCAUCACCGACCACCUCAUCGUCAUGCUCGCAGACUACUUCAAGUACCCCAGCUCUGUCAGUGCCAUCGCUGACAUCAAGAGGCUGGACCAUGACCUGAAGCACGCCCACGAGCUGCGCCAGGCCGCCUUCAAGCUCUACGCGUCCCUGGGGGCUAACGACGAGGACAUCCGCAAAAAGAUCAUUGAGACUGAGAACAUGAUGGACCGUAUCGUUAACGGCCUGUCCGAGUCCAGCAUCAAGGUGCGCUUGGCUGCAGUCAGAUGUUUGCACAGUUUGUCCCGUUCUGUCCAGCAGCUCAGGACAAGUUUUCAGGAUCAUGCUGUAUGGAAGCCUUUAAUGAAGGUUUUACAGAAUGCUCCAAAUGAAAUUCUUGUAGUAGCUUCUUCCACACUAUGCAAUCUUCUUCUGGAAUUCUCUCCAAGCAAGGAGCCUAUUUUAGAAUCAGGAGCCAUAGAACUUCUAUGUAGUUUAACCCAGAGUGAAAAUCUUGCUUUGCGAGUGAACGGCAUUUGGGCUUUAAUGAAUAUGGCAUUUCAAGCAGAACAGAAGAUCAAGUCAGACAUCCUGCGAGGUCUGAGCACAGAGCAGUUGUUUCAGUUGCUUUCUGAUUCCGAUGUAAAUGUUCUGAUGAAAACUUUGGGACUGCUCAGGAAUCUUCUCUCCACUCGCCCACACAUAGACCACAUAAUGAGCACUCAUGGGAAGCAAAUCAUGCAAGCAGUAACCCUCAUUCUGGAAGGGGAGCACAAUAUAGAAGUCAAAGAGCAGACAUUGUGUAUCCUUGCCAAUAUAGCAGAUGGCACAACAGCAAAAGAACUGAUUAUGACCAAUGAUGACAUCCUGCAGAAAAUCAAGUACUACAUGAGUCAUUCAAAUGCUAAACUACAGCUUGCUGCCAUGUUCUGUAUAUCUAAUCUCAUAUGGAAUGAAGAGGAAGGUUCACAGGAGCGCCAAGACAAACUCCGAGACAUGGGAAUCGUAGAUAUUCUACAUAAACUCAGUCAGUCCUCAGAUCCAAAUCUGUGUGACAAGGCGAAGACAGCACUCCAGCAGUACCUUGCAUGAUCAAAGACUAAUUGAAUCUAUGGACACCCCUCAUGUCUACUUAAGGAAUAGCAGGAGAUACUCCUGACUCCUUAUAUUUGCACAAGUCACCUUGGGCUGCAUUUUUCUCAGGUGCAGGGAGCUGCUUUGCAGAAACAGUUCGAAUGAUCAGGUCUCCAGUGCACUUGAGAAUUUUCUUGAGGUAGUUUCUUUACUCAGAGGACUCGGGUGGGGGGGUUGUUUUGGUUUUUUUGGGUUUUUUUUCCUGAGCUACCUGGACUCUCAGAUAGAACAAUCAGUCAUCAUUUUCCUUUUGGGCCUCCAAUUCUCUGCUUUUGCUGCAGCCUUGUGUGGGUGCGUGGGCGCUCGAGUGCGUGCGUGUGCCGGAGUGAGUGUGUGAGUGUGAGACCUCACUUUUGGUUUUCCUUUUUUUUGUGUGAAAAUCUUUUUCUACAGGUUUUCAAGGGUUAACCAUUGUUUGCUGUACGAAUACUUCAAUGAAUUAUAUACCGUUUGAAUGAAAUGUUAUUUAAAAAAGAAAAAAACAAACUGUUGUAUCCCAUAAAGUUUAUUUUGAAUUUUGAACAGAUGAAUGUUUUUAAGUAAAAUAUAUGCAUUUCUGAACUUCA